AUGACAGAACCUGUGGAGGAGCGCGGGGCGGUGUAUCGCAGCGGCCACGGCGGCGCUACCUCAGCCCUCCUCUUAAUAUGCAAAUGGGGGGCAGAGACAAAAGCCCGGGCGGCGGCAGGGCCGGCACCGGCGCUAGAAAAAUUACGGGAACGAACAGGACUUUGGGAUACGGUGGCGCGUGCCACUGCCCGCCGGCCGCUGUCCGCCAUGCGCCGUGGUGGCCUCGCUUUGAUCCGCGGGCUGGCGCGGCCUGUAUCACAGAGCGGGGCGUCUGGCGGCGGCGGCGGCGGCGGCGGCGGCGGCGGCGGCGGCGGCUCUAUUUCUAGAGCGACAGCCGGGGGGCGGCCGCAGCCGACGCUGACGCCGACGCCACUUGAAUCAAUUUGGAGCGCCGUCAAUUAG